AUGGCUUCGACUUCGGAAAUGGGAUCGGCGGAUUUCGAGACUUUGGUCUCCACAUCGGACGUGGAGCUCUUGAAGAGGGCGUGGCGUAACGAGAAGGCAGCGCCGGAGAUUCUUCAGUACGAAGCGGCUCUCGUCGAUAGAGCCAAAGAGCAGAUUGAAUUGGUGAUUGAGAGGUUCAUGUUCCACAUCCUAAAUUUGAAUUCAUGUUCGUCUCCGAAAAAAUACAGAAUCUCAUCUGGCUUUUUGAAUGUCACUAUGGUUGGAACAUCCCGUUCACAGUAG